GGCUGCAUCCUAUUUUGCCCCGGGCGCACGUAGGGUUUCUCUGUCUCCCUAGACUAGUUCGCUCAGAAUUUGCGCUAAUGGCGAGAUACCGAAGCCGGAGCAGAAGCUACAGCCCUCGUCGGCGAAGCAGAACCCCGCCACGUGGACGCAAGCGGUACGACGAUGAACCUCGUGAUCGCUACCGUGAAAGCAGGUCCUACAGGGACCGCCGCUCUCCUGCUCCUUCAGGCUUGCUUGUCCGUAAUCUUCCGCUCGAUGCUGUGCCUGAAGAUCUUAGAGGCCCCUUUGAGCGCUAUGGCCCUGUGAAAGAUGUAUAUCUUCCUAAGAAUUACUACACUGGUGAGCCCCGGGGCUUUGGCUUUGUAAAGUUCCGGUAUGCUGAAGAUGCUGCUGAGGCAAAGCAACAACUUAAUCAUACUGUUAUUGGUGGACGUGAGAUCAGAAUUGUGUAUGCUGAGGAAAAUAGGAAAACUCCUCAAGAAAUGCGUUCGAAUGUUCGCAUAAGUGGUCGAUAUGGAGGAAAUGGUAGAAGGAGAACUCCCACAAGAUCCCGCCGAUAUCGUUCCUACUCAAGGUCUCUAUCGCCAGCUGGGGAUCACCCAAGGGAUCAUAGGGAUAAGGACGAUUAUUAUUCCCCUGAGCGAUCAAGAUCUUAUUCCAGGUCUCCUUCGCCUCGUGGAAGGAAGGAUUACAGGAGGUCCCCAACUCCAAGGGAGAAUGGUCGGAGUCCUGAUGACAGGAGGGAUCAUACACGUAGUAGAUCAGAGAGUCCCAGGGGUAAUGGUCGCAGUCCCUCAAGGUCUCGUUCACGGUCAUACAGUCCCCGUUGAUUGGCCAUAAAGCGUAUGAUUUCGGGCUGGCGCUAUGUCUAGUCUUUUCCUGAAGGGCGGUAGAUGUGACGAAUCAUUGUACUUGGCCUUGAUAUUUGGAGGGGCAGGAAUGUUAAUAUCUUAGUCUUUGGCUGUGACUAUUUUGGGUUUUGUUGUGAGAAAGCUGCUUUACUAUAUGAACAGUUGCUUACAUCCUUGGCCCCGAUUUCAUUACCAAUCUAUAUGGAAGCCGCUCCACGAGUUAUCUAGGCUUUGGAUAAAUUUUUCCCUCAAGUGUUCGCGAUCUAAUGUUUUAUGAUCGUGAGAAGUUAAUGUCUUAUACUCAGACUUAAUUAACUAAUUUGAGUAAAUUGAAGAUGUUAAUUAAAUUA